ACUCUCCAUACCUAAGCGUCACCAAAUAAAUCGACGCAAGAGGAUUAUGGGCGUAAACCUUCGCUGUGGUUGGCCAACGCUUUUAUGCAAAUCUCAGGAGGAAGGAAGGAAGGAAGUUCUAGUCACAUCGGUAGUUUAGAGAUCACGAUGGGAACAUUGGGCGUAUUUGCUUUACUGGCUGUGGUUGGCUAUGUGACAGGAGAAGAGGGUGCUCGGCUCCUGGCCUCCAAGUCGCUGUUGAACCGUUAUGCUGUGGAGGGAAGGGACCUCUCUUUGCAGUACAACAUCUACAAUGUUGGGACCAGUGCUGCCCUGGAGGUGGAGCUGUCCGAUGACUCCUUCCCACCUGAGGAUUUUGGCAUUGUGUCCGGGAUGCUUCAUGUCAAGUGGGACAGAAUUGCCCCUGCCAGUAAUGUCUCUCAUACUGUAGUACUGCGCCCUCUAAAGGCAGGAUACUUCAACUUCACCUCUGCCUCUGUCAGCUACCUUGCCCAGGAGGGAGGACAGGUUGUGGUGGGUUACACCAGUGCCCCAGGUCAGGGUGGGAUCUUGGCUCAAAGGGAGUUCGACAGGCGUUUCUCUCCUCACUAUUUGGAUUGGGCAGCAUUUGGAGUGAUGACCUUGCCCUCCAUUGGCAUCCCUCUGUUGCUGUGGUACUCAAGCAAGAGGAAGUACGACACGCCCAAGACCAAGAAGAACUGAGCUCUUGUGUCUUGAGGGACAGGUUAAGUUAGGGGGUGGAGGGGGUAAUGAAUAACUGGGAGGCGUAACAUUUAAAAGCAAAGUAUAAGCCCCCGGGGUAUGUCUUAAAGGUAAAAUGCGACCAACAGCCAACAAUGGCUAAUAAUUUAUUAUAAGUUAAUCAGUCUAUCCUUAGUGCAAGGGAUGUGAGCAUAAUGACAAAUUCAUUCUUGCCUCAUAGUAGGCGGUUUACCAAGGAAUAUGGGACAAUGUAAUAAUAUAGUGUAUAUUUUGAAGAAUACAAAGGCAGUUUUUUGUUCGUUUUUUUUCUUUGGGGGGGGGGGGGGGUUGGAUAUGGGCAUGUGUGAGUAAUAAUUUUGAAUUAUGAAAUUGCAGCAUUUUAUCCAUAUUUUCCUGUUUUCUAUAUAUAUUUCCAUCCUUCUGAUAAGGAAUUUUACCUUGAGUUAAUUGUGAAUAAAACUGUAAAGUUUCAUGUGAUUUGUACUUGUCUUUGGAAAAUAAAUAUGCCUUGUUUUGUAACAAA